AUGGCGCAUAACCCGGUCCCGGGAUUGAUAGGCGGCGGCGGCGGCGGUGCGGGGGAGUUGCGGAAAGGGCCGUGGACGGCGGAGGAGGAUGAGCUUUUGGUGAAGUGCAUUCGCGAGCAUGGCGAGGGUAACUGGAGCUCCGUUCCGAAGAAAGCGGGGCUGCAGCGGUGUGGCAAGAGCUGUCGGCUGCGGUGGGCGAACUACCUGCGGCCGGACCUGAAGCGCGGCACGUUCACGUGCGAUGAGGAGGACCUCAUUGUCGCGCUGCACAAGAGCAUGGGCAACAGGUGGGCGAAGAUAGCCCUGGAGCUGCCAGGGCGCACGGACAACGACAUCAAGAACCACUGGAACACGCGCAUAAAGAAGAAGCUCAGAGAGGAAGGGCUCGACCCCGACACGCACCUCCCCCUCUCCUCCCUCCCGCCAGAUCACGUACCCAGCAAGCCACACAAGAGGGGCCCUCCCCCAGGUAGCGCCUCCACGCGACCUCACAAGGGCGUCAAGAAGGCCCCCUUUCCCCUCGCUGCCACUACCGCCACUGCCGCCACUGCCGCCACUGCAGCCACUGCAACCACCGCGCAUGCAGCCCUUACUGCUGCGCUUCCAGGUCUUCAAAACACCGCUGCUGCUGCUCUCCCUGACCACGUUGCCUCUGCUGUGGCUGCGGCCGCUGCGUGCCUUUCGCCUCCCGACCCUUUCACUGCUGCUGCUGCUUCCGCUGCAGUUGCUGAUGGUAGUGCUGUUGCCGCAACCCUCCUUCCCCUGCCUCCUCCUGCCACACAUGCUACUGCUCCUCCUCCUCCCCACCCCCCCACCAACCCCACAGCCACCACCACAGCAGGACCAUCCUCCUCUGCUUCUGCCUCUAUCUCUACCACCUCUGCUUCCUCCUCCCUCACUCUCCCCUCCUCUCUCCCCUCCUCUCUCCCGUCCUCUCUCCCAGUCUCACUCCCCGCACACGCGCCCAGCCACCCUGCGGCCCUGCAUCUUCCGGCCUUCACUAGCGCGCCUGCUGGGGUUAAUGCCUCAGGAGGCCCGGACGCAUGGGCCAAGGUUGAGGAGCAGGGGGCUGCGGAGGGGCAGCGGGCAGUGACAAACGCAGCACUGGCACUGCUGGGUGGGAAUGGCUUGUGGAGGAGUGAGAAGUGGGGCGGGCAACGAGGCAAAGGGGGGGCGCAGGGGGUGAAGGGCGAGGAGGGGUUUGCAAGUGGGGGUGGGAUGAGGGAGGAAAUGGAGAGGGAGAGUGAGAGAGGAGAGCAGGGGGGGUUCGAAGGGGGGGCAGAGUAUGGGGAGGGUGAGGGUGAGUUGGGGGGUGAUGGAGGAUAUGGUGGUGAAGGGAGAGAGGAGGACCCUGGGGCUGACCACCCUCCCUUGGCUGCUCCCUCGCCCGGGGCAGGAGGCGCAGCAGCAGGGAUGACUGCCGCCGCUGCUGCUGCUGCUGCCGCUGCUGCGUUCUCUUCUGCUGCUGCAGCUGCUGGUGGUGGGGCUGCUGCAGGGGGCGGGCAUGCCUUCAUGAGCCCCUUUCCUCCCAGAAGUCCAUGGGGCAGCGACGGGCAGUUCUGGGACAUGGCGUCAGAAACAACCGAGAUGGAGGGAGUAGUUCUCCCUAGCCCGCACAUCAUCCCGCCCACGCCCUUCAGUGCGGCCUUCCCCAAGCCGCACAGCGCGGGCGCUGCCGUGCGCGAGCUCACCGCGUUUGACAAGCCCCUCGUGUCACCUGCCGUGCCCUUCUUUCCGCGCACUCGGUCGUUUAUCAAGAUGGUGAGGAGUAUUGCGGAGGAGGAGGGGGCGGAAGGGCAGGAGGGGGUAGAAGGGCAAGGAGGGCAAGGAGGGCAAGGAGGGCAAGGAGGGCAAGGAGGGCAAGGAGGGCAAGGAGGGGAAGAUGGGCAGGAGGGGAAGGAGGGGCAGGAGCAGCAGGAGGGACUGGAGGGGCAGGAGGGGCAGGAGGAGGAUGUGGAAGGGCGAGGUGGGAAUGGUGGUGGUGUUGGCGAGCGUACGGCAGCAGGAGCAGCAGGAGCAGGAGCAGCAGGAGCAGCAGGAGCAGCAGGGACAGCCGGAGCGGGAGCAGGCCGUUUAAGAGCGGUGCUGUGUGCUGGCGUGAGUGUGUCGGCGAGAUCCGCGGUCUUGCAGGCCUUUGGAAGGAGUGCGGGUAGGAGUGGAUCAGCUGCUGCUGCGCUGACAACAGGAGCAACCGGAGUAACUGGGGCAACAGCAGCAGCGGCAGCAGCAGCGGCAGCGGCAGCAGCAGCAGCAGCGGCAGCGGCAGCGGCAGCUAGAAGCUACUCCGUUCCUUCUGGCAUCGCAGCUCUCGCCUUCACACGAACCUUCACCUCCAGAAGUUUCGCCUCGUGGGUGCCUCAACGUGGCCCGCAGUGGCUGCAACGCCGACAGUCCAAGCAGUCGUGGGCGUCAGGGCAUCCUGAUGCUGUGGUGUGGGCGCUGAUUGCUCUGAACGUGGGUGUGUUUGCCGCAUGGCACACACAGAACCAGACCGUCAUGGCCCGUAACUUCAUGGUGUCAGUGAAUGCGAUGUACGAGGGGCGCUACCACACGCUACUCACAUCCGCCAUUAGCCACCGUGAGGGGCGUCACCUGCUCUUCAACAUGCUCGGCCUCUACUUCUUCGGCUGCGAGGUGGCGCGCAUGUACGGGCCGCGGUACCUGCUGGGGCUGUACGCGUCGGGGGCAGUGGUGGCAUCGCUGGCUCACGUGUUCUACUUUCAAUACAUCGUGCCCAGGACCGAUAAAAAGUCUGUGUGGGCUUGGCAUCCCCGCCUCUCGCCUCCAGCCAUGGGUGCCAGUGGAGCAGUGAACGCCAUAGUGCUCUUCAGCUGUCUGCUGCAGCCCACGCGGAUCAUCUACCUCAACUUCAUCAUCCCCGUGCCCUCCAUUCUACUCGGAGUGCUGUACGUAGGGCAAGACCUGUAUGGAGCAGCCAUGGGCGGAUCACGCAUCGGGCAUGCAGCUCAUCUAGGGGGUGCUGCAGUGGGCGUGGCUGCAUGGGCCCUCAAGCGGGGGCGCUACCACUUCCGGCGCUAG